UUUCGUAGGCAGUAAUCACGCAUCGUUCUUGCAAAUGGACGUCGCACUUGUUAUUAAAUCUGUUCGUUGGUUUUUGUUUAUAUCGUCACGUUACGACGUCUAAAACUUUUCAAAAUAGUUUAAAAUUCAGUUUUAAUACACUAGAAUGUAGUGCGUGUAUGUGAAACGGAUUGCAAAAGCUUUUUCUAUGUUGUUUGAUGCCUUUUACAUUUCGCCUCCUUGCGUUCAGGGUUUUAGUUGUUCUAAGUAAGUGUUUUUUUUUGGAACACAAUAUUCGAAAUUUAGAGACAAAGAUUUUUUUUUUAAUUUCAUGCAAACAACAGUUUCGUGUUAAGUUUACAAGUGUUUCUAGUUAAAUUUAAUGAUUGAAAAAUAUAUAAUGUUAAUUUUAUAAGUUUAUCUAGUUUUAAUAGAAGAUGGCCCUAUGCGAGAGCCAGCUUGACUCUGGCCUGGGAAAGCUGAAAAGGGAAGGUAAAUCUGCCGAAGUGCCCAAGGACUCGCCAGAGAAGAGACUGAAAAUGGAUCAUAAUGGAAUUUAUAAUUUGGAUCAAGUGCCUGCUGGUUUGCCGGGGGGUCUGCCGCUCAGUGUCGAUUACCGAUCGCCUGUCUCUCACUUCGUUCCGCCAGCCGUCGAGCUUUACGCGGCAAGGCACAAACAGGAAGCCAUGCAUGCACAGUCGAGCGUGACUACUACAACACCGAUGAAAAGAAAACGCGGCAGACCGAGAAUCGACAAAUCAAGCCCGGAGUAUUUAGCUAAUUUAGCCGCGAGAAAGCAGGCUAGAGAAAUGGCCGCAAUGAUGAACAGCAGCCGUCAGCCUUCAGAGCCGGGCGAGAAACGGAAGCGGGGUCGGCCCAGAGUCGAUAAGACCAGUCCCGAAUAUUUAGCCAGGAAAAGGGUUAGGGAACUGGAAGCUCUCGAUCGUAAAGCUAAAAAGGAGCACAAAAGACGCACCGGCGGCGCAGCGAAAAGUCUACCACGAAGCGUCAAAACUUCGACAAAUCGCCUACCAAAAAACGUACAAAAAAACAACAUGGCCGUCAGCGUUAGAAAACUGCAACAGAAACUGGUUAGAAAGAUUGCCGAUAAAAAGAUUGUAAUGCGGAGAAAUUCGAAAUAUAUGAAAAGAAAAGAUUCGGCCACGUCUUCGUCCACGGGCGAGUUGAUCCCGAAAGCGAAGCGCAAAUACACAAAGCGAACGCCCGACUCGAAGAAAGAAUCUAACACAACGGAUAAAGUGAAGGGAAAACGCGGAAGGCCGAGGAAAAGCGAGCAGGUGUCGGCAAAUAACAAACAAAUGCCACAAGCAAAAAUAAGAGUGAGGAGUAACCUCAUGCCGGACAGUUCCGAACCCAUCAAUUUGGACAGCGACGAAGAGCCCGAUCUGGGAUCCCCGAGCCAAACCUCAGAUUCUCUGAGCCUGGAUGAGAAUCUACGCGCCCUAAGGCACAUACACGAGAAAUACGCCAACAUCGAUAAGGACGACCUGUACGAAGCACACUUGUUGGCGGCGAACUUCAAGAAACCUUCCCAGGACUCCGGUCAGAGGAAUCGUGAUGAUGACGACGUGCUAUCCAUCAGAAGCUCCGAUGGGAACGGUUCCGUGAAGGACCUGGACUCGAGGGUCGAGAAGCUGGAGGACGGCUCCGACUCGGACACGGGCAGCACCAGCUCUGGCUCCGGCUCGUCAAGCUCCGGAUCCAGUUCGUCGUCGAGCUCCGGAAGCUCCAGCUCAUCAGACAGCUCCGAUUCGGACUCGGGGUCUGAAGACGAGAGGCCCAAAGAGGAGCAGCCUCCGAUGGCUCACAACGAGGACGACAGCCGGUCGUUCGGUGCGUGGUCGCACAGCGGGCCGGCGUCCGACUCGGACACGGAUCCGGAGCGCGCGGCGGACGUGCCUCCCCCGCAGGAGAACGACGUCAGCGAGAGCGAGAACGAGUCGCCGGACAAGAGCUUCCAGUGCCACAUAUGCCGGAAGUGGUAUUCCACGAAGGUCACGUUAAAAAUACACAGACGCAGCCACCAGAACAGGGGAGGAGGAAACUCUAGGUCCAGGACCCGUUCCUCAGACAGAUACGAGUGUGACUGCUGCAACGAGACGUUCAAUAGACGCGAAAAACUAUGGGAGCAUAAGGCUGAAGCUCACCGCGGCUCCAUGACGGUCCGCUGCGAGGUGUGCAGGAAGUGCUUCGAGGACGACUCCGAGUUGGCGGCCCACGACCGCACGCACACGGACGACGAGCGAGCCGGUAGAUGCGGGGAGUGCGGGGCCACGUUCCAGCGGUACGAGCAGCUGCGCCGGCACCGCUCGUGCGCGCACGGCGCCGCGCCCGACGGCAUGCCGCACGCCUGCGCGCAGUGCGGCAAGCGGUUCUCGCACGCGCACUCGCUCACACGCCACCUGCACAACCACGCCAAGCAACUGUACCGCUGCGUCGUGUGCAAGGCAUCGUUCGCGCGAGCCGACCAGCUGGCGCAGCAUCUCAACAGUCACUUGGCCAACUACAAGCGGUUGAAACCUUAAAGCACAGGGUCGGAUCAAGGUGCAAAGGCCCUAUGACACCGAUCACAGGGCCGGACUCGGUCGGGGGUCACACGGACCCAGGGGGCUCGAAUCAUCUCACUUCACCGUUACGUGUUCUAUAGAAGCGCAUUGAAUUUGUUGUUAUUUUAAUUGCGCGACGAAAAACAACUGGAAUUUUGUUUGAAAUCAUUUUUCGUGAAUUCCUUUUUUUUAUGAAGUUUUGAUAGGAAUUGUAUGAAUUGUUAUAAUUGUAUAAAUAUUAUGAAUUUUAAUUGCUCACGCCUAUUUUUUAUGUAGCAAAUAUUGGUUGUGCUCUGUACAGGACGGACCGCGAUAGACUCGAAGCUAUAAGAGAUGUGUUUGUUCAGGAAGUGGAACUUCUUUUGGCACGGUGACGCCGCAUUAGCUGUAGCGAAACGUAUCCCGCCUGAAGAAGUUACACUUCUGUAACCCGGUAUUCUUUGAAAUGAAUCUACAAAUAAUCCAUUAUGGACUGCUCGCCAUAUUGCGACGAAAACAUUGCCUUUCUCCCCUGAGACGCGCCACACAUAUCAAGUCACGCAAGACCCUAUUCGUUCAAUUUGUAAAUCCAACCCCUUUCAUUAGGGGCUCGUUACCAUCAAUCGAUAUCUAAUCUAGUUCAAUCCAAUAGAGACUUUAAUACAUACACAAACGGUGGAUUAAUCUACACUCGCGAGCAAAAGUUUGGAAUCACUUACUUGAAAUUGAUUCCGCGCGAUCUUGUGUACUAAAUAUUUUUUUGAUAAUCAUAAAAAUGAGAUCAUUUUAAAGGUUGAAUUCCUAACUUUAAACUGAUACCAAAUUCAUUAAAAUCAAGCCAGUAUUUAAGAAGUUAUCUUGGAUUAAGUGAAGAAAUAACGAAAAAGACGUGUUUCAAUUGCUUGAUACGUCGCGAGUUGCGGCCUACUGACCCCUAUAAAAGCACCUGUUAUCGGGUUUUCUUUAUCAGUCGACUUUCACACGUUGACUGGUACAUAUCUCGGCUACUUUUGACCCUUUACCUUGUACGACAAUUGGGACAACACCUACAGAAGUAGCACAAAUCGUAGCCCUAUUGCAAGAAGAGCUCAGCCAGCGGAUUGUCGCUCGUCGGCUCCAAAUAAGCCAUUCCUGUGUUUCAAAAGUUUGCAAGCGCUUUCAAGAGACUGGUAGCUUUAUCCCGAGACCAAGAUCUGGACGGCGCCGGGGCACAUCGGAGAGGAAUGACCGUUUUAUCGUGUUAACCUCUCUCCGAAAUCGGCAUUAACCUGGUGUCGACGUCCAACAGGAGCUCCGAGAUGUUCGUAGGGUAGCAGCUAGCAAGUAGACAGUUCGUCGACGACUCAAGCAAGCGAAUCUGACUCCAAAAAGGCCUGUCACAGGCCCGAAACUCACGGUAGCUCAUCGACAAGCACGCCUUCAAUUUGCUCGUACCAAUCUUAAUUGAGAGGUUGAGCAAUGGAGGCAAAUCCAGUUCUCCGACGAGAGCAGGAUGUGUUUGCAUGGUAGCGACCGAAGAGGUUGGGUCUACAGGCGGCCUGGGGAGCGAUUUGCGCAGUGCUGUUUCGCUGAAACAGUGGCUUAUGGGGUCGGCUCUUGUAUGAUGUGGGCCGGCAUUUCCUUCGACGGUAAAACCGAGCUUGUUUUCGUGCCUGGCGGGGGACGAGGAGGCGGUCAACUUCGGACGGGUACAUUUCCAAUAUUGUGCUGGAACAUGUCGUUCCCUAUGCGGGAUAUGCCGGUGAUAGCUUCCUUCUUAAGCACGAUAACGCUCGUUGUCACACUGCCCGUGGAACAACUGAAUACUUCGAAGAAGUCUAUAUCGCCACAUUGGACUGGCCUGCGCUCAGCCUUGACUUGAAUCCUAUUCAGCACGUGUGGGAUGAACUGAAGAAUAGGGUUCGUUCCAGAACUUCUGCUCCUUCAUGCCUGAAUGAGCUGAAAUCGGCGUUGAUUGAGAAGUGGGAAGGUAUCCCACAAGAAUCAAUUCAAAAGCUGAUCAGGUCUAUGAAGAAUCGUCUUCGAGGAGUUAUUAGGGCAAGGGAAGGGAACACAAAGUACUGACAUUUAAUUUUAAGGCUAAAUAAAAUUUUUAUUUAUUAAUUUUUGUUGUUUUAUGCAUUCAUUAUUUUUCCAUAUUUCCUUUGUUUCCUACCUCCUUCAGUUAAUCCGGAAUAGCUCCUUAACUACUGGCUCGAUUUGAAUGAAUUUGGUAUCAGUUUAAAGUUCAGAGUUCAACCUUUAAAAUGAUCUCAUUUUUAUGAUUAUCAAAAAAAUAUUUAGUACACAAGAUCGCGCGGAAUCAAUUUCAAGUAAGUGAUUCCAAACUUUUGCUCGCGAGUGUAUAAACACUUUCAAUUGUCUCUAUUAUUAAUUAGGUUAAAAAAAAUUAAACCCUCGCUUAACUACUAGAGCGAAAGGGCGCUUUUGAACAAUGACGUCACCGUUCAAAAGCUCCUUUUCUGUACGAAGAGUAGACAAAUGAGAAUCAUUUUACGGAGGCAAUCGUAAUUGCUAUCAGAUUACGAAGCAUUGAGAUCUUUUGAGGCUUCGAGCCUAUUGAGACCUCCGUCUGGGCCGUUUUGGUACUUUCUGCUUCAUGUGUUCAAAGAGGAACGCUAUCAUUUCUUAUCCAUCGCGUUAGAAGCACUGCUUCCAUCCACAUUGGUCUCCACAGAUCUAUUCCGAGUGUCAAUGACGAACGGCCGAGAAUUAGCAAUGGUCACUUACCGUGAAACGGGCCUUACGUAACCGCGAAGUACGUCUUCGGGUCUAUCCGUCGACAUCCGUGUCCGCUUAACGUCGAAUGAGACGUCCGCUCGCACCCCGAAAUCCUUAUCGACAUACCCACAUACCACGAAGACUUAAAUAAAAUUAUACAUCAAUUUAUAUUAUAUACGUACACUUUUGUUUAUUUUUUUUAUAUAUAUACUAAUACAAUCUUCUCUGAAAUCAUGUAUGAAUUAAUUUUACUGUCGUCUCUUAUUGUUUACCGUCAUAAGAAAAGGAUGACGCGAUUUUAUCAAUCAUAUUAUUCUAAUGAUGACUUGCGUAUCGACAUAUGAUGAUAUGAUAAAAUAUGGAGGUUAGAAUGAUGUAAAAAGCACCGUCUCGGUGUAUUAAAAAGAGAUUAACUUCUUAUGGGAGGGUAGAUCGCUUCGUUACGUAACGCGUUACGGUGCCAGUCUGUCUGGCUUCUCUUUCUCUCACGCACACGGCAGCGGUAGUAGAACGUAUGUAACUCCCUAACUAUUCAUAUAUUUUUCAAUUUAUGUUACAAAUUUUCCUUACAUUAUCAUAUUAAUAUGCAUAAAGUUUAAGUAAUAAUCUAAGCUCUUCUCAAGUUAAACAAUUUCAAUAUUAAAUAGUUCAACUUAGAUUAGUUUAAGUUGUCACUUCUGUCGGGCGUCCCAAGACGCAAUUUUUUUUUUUGUUUUGUUUUUUUUCCUUGUGUCAUCUUCGCUUCAUCCAGUUUCUGUCUUUGAAUCUCUCGUAUCUUCCGGGUGAUUUUAAAAAUAUACAAUAUUUAUAUACUUGCAUUUCCUAGUUUUAAGUGUAACAUUGACGAGAAUUUUGUUAGGUUGUGUUCAGCUUGUGCGAAUAACAAAACUAUUAUAAUAAGAGACGAUAUUUUCUUUAACAUUAAAUUGACUAAUGGUUCUUGUAGGGAAGAUUCUGUCGCUAUUUGUCAAAUUGACCGGUAAUUUGUUAAACAAAAAAUGCCGACCUUAUAUUGUAGUUCAAUGCAAAAAAUUGGUAUUUUAGAAAAGAGAAAAUAUCAGUGUUAGUAAAAAGAAAAAAAAACUAUGAAAUUACUUAUAGAGAGAGCGAAAGGCUGUUUGGUUUAACAUUUUUGCAACAAUAUAGGAGAGCCAUUAAAAGUUUAAAAAUUUUGAAAAAAAAUCCUACCAAAAAAAAAUUGUAGUUAUUUUUUAAUGAAGUAAACAUAAUGUAUGUAUGUAUGUGUAAUGUAAAUGUUCCGUGUUAAGCGAAAUGUCGCUUAAACCAAAUAGCCUUUCACUCUGAUCAACAUUUUUUUUAUUGGGAUUUUAUAACCUUGUAACUAAGACCUUGUCUCAAGACUCAUGUCUUAUUUUAAUUUAUAUUCUUAUUUUUAUGAAAAAUGAUAAUAUGGAGUGAAAUGAAAUGAUGAUUAAUUUGAGACAUUAAUCAACUGGGAUGAAAUAUAAUCUCAGUAAAAUGGUGGUCGUUUACUGAGAUUUUUUCAGUGGACUUUUUGGAGGAUCCCGAGAAGUUACGACCAGCGGCUUUGUUUGAUUUUCCCACAUUAGUGCACUUUUACAAAUAUUAAACAGUUAAUAAAACACCGUUAUUAUACAUCUAAAUCUGAAGAAACACUAAAUAGACAAAAUAAAACAAAUCACACAACUUCACUCUUCGCGUUUCCGCCAAAAAGUCCCUGGUCAACACUGAAUAGAAGUUUUACUUCUACCCUACAAAAAAAGACCAGAUUUAUUCCUACGUUAUAACAAAAAAAGAGGCAUUGAUAAAGAAAAGACGGUUUAAAUGACGAUUAUAUGCGUAUAGGCACAUAGGCACGAUAGGCAGGGCUGACGCAGGAUGAUAAUCCUAGAGAAAAUUAUUAAAAGAGGCCACAAACCGCAGCAUUGAGGAUUAUCGACCUAAGGAUGAUAUCGUUUUCUCGCAUUAAGACUGUAUAAUCUGAAAACUUACUAAUUUUACAGGAGAGUGUUUUAAAGGUUUAACAUGUGGUAUUUUUAAUAUUAAUCAUCUUUGCAAUAUUUAUUUUUUAUUUUUUACCAGUUACAUUAUCUGUCUUUUAAAUUAAGAUAAAAUUAUGUAUUAAUUUUGUUAAUAGUAGUCAAAACAUAGGUAAACUAAAAAAAAAACUAAAACUAAACUAAGCUCUUUUGGCAGUAUUUAUGAGAAAAAUACUGAGUAUAGCUACCAAAUGAUUCCGCAUAUUAACUGUAUUUCGAAUAUUUUUGGAAAUUGUACACUUUUAAUGCGAAAACACGAUAUGUCUAUGAAUUUUAUAUUUGUUUUAAGAGCGGUCAGUAUAACUGAUAUUAGUUGGGCUUCGGUACAAUUCCGUUAGGUACUUACACACAGCAUUUCUUACCGAAGAUACGCAUUUAACUCUUUGACUGACGCGGGCGAAGUAAUCAUGACGAUAUCUGUUACUAAGAUUGGAUUGUCUAACUUUGACCUCUUUUUUUUUUAAAUGUAUUUUUGUCUUUAACACUAAUCAUAUCAACAUUUACUGGUACUUUUUUCUACUACAGCGGGUAGAUAACGGUAUAUGAUAAGUAUUACUCAAAAGAAAUAAAAUCAAACAAAAAAAUCAUGUGUGGCACUCGGGGACUGCCACGGUAAAGCUAUUGCGUAGCAUUUUUAUCAACUUAUGCAAUUAUAAUUAGACAAUAAUAAAACGCUAUAUUUAUAAAUAUUAACAAAAGCAAAACAUUAACUGUCCCCUUUAAGCUAGACCGUGCGAGAGAGAGAUGUGCAGACUUUUCAUGAUGCGCAUGCAGUGCGACGUCACGCCGCGCGCUUAUUCACAAACACUACACAAGUGUAACGUGUGAAUGUGUUGAACGCGAGCUACACGGUAGGCGGAGUGGGGGAUGUCAAGUGUUAUUUUCGUUACGGAAUUUCUUGUUUCGAUCGCCGCUCUCAAAACCCGCGAUAAAAGCUAUGCAGUAGCAUAAUAACUAAAUUAAUUGGUAAGAAAAAGUUAUGAAGUCAAAUGUGCAAAAUGAAAUAAGAUGAUACGUGCAUUUUCAAUGCGAAAGUUCAAAAUGAGUCAUUUGACCCGUUAUGUGGUAUGUUUAGUGUCAAAGUCUCUUAAAAAUAGAUUCCUUCUCAGUAUCGUUCGGAUUCGUCUCUCACAAAGUAGGGCACCUGUGACCUACACGGCAGUCAACGGGUUAAAGUUAACCGCCAUAGGUAGUCGUCGGAGGCAAUAGGUCGGAUCUAAUUACCGUGAAAUUACGUAUUAUAAUAUCGAAUUCAAUAAAAUGUUUAAAUGGUUUAAAAUUAAUUGUAAAUAGACAUGAUUUAAAAAAAAACCGCCUUCAAAUAGAAAAAAAAAGAUAUACCAAAACUAAUUAAUAUACACUAAAAACAAUAAUCAUCGAAAUCGGUUGGCGUGAUAUUGAGUUAUUGAGUUAUUCAUCUAUUUGUCGCGCACGUACUUAAUGCAAAUUUAAGACUUACGUGAUUUUCUCGUGGAUACCAUUAUCAGAACUGGACUAAAUUGAAAUGGGACCGCACAGGAAGCUUCAGUUGUCUAAUAAAAAAAGAGUCAUCAAAAUAGAUUCACCCAGUCAAAAGUUAUAAGGUAAAGAACUUAAAAAAAAACCAUACCGUCGAAUUGAGAGCCUCCUCCUUUUUGAAGUCAGUUAAAAAAGAAAAUUUCAUAAGCUUUCCCCGAGACGGGGAGACAACGUAAAUUAACUUUUAGUUAGCUUUAUUAUGUUCCGUAAAUAUGUCGCGAAUAUAGAAACCAUGUAUCGAAUAGUAAUUUACAUAUGGAACUACUAGCUUUUGCCCGCGACUUCGUCCGCGUGGAAUAGUUACUCUGGCAUAACGCUAAAUUUUACCCCCCCACUUCAUUUACAGUAACUCCGGAUUCCGGAUCCGGAACUUCAUUGCUGAACCGUUAGAUGGCGUUGAAGAAGCUAGAUUUUGAGAUUUUUUGACAAACAAUUUUUUAAUUUUUCGUAAAAAAAAUUUUUUUUUGUCUUAUUAAAAAGUAUCCUAUGUUACUUCUAAUACCUCCAAGAAUAUGUGUACAAAGUUUCAUGAUGAUCGGUCGAGUAGUUUUCGCGUGAAAGCGUUACAAACAAACUUACAUUCACAUUUAUAUAUUAGUAGGGAUUAUUUACGACAUCACAUUAGAAACCUCAAAAAUAACAGUAUUUCUCCACUAUUUAAUGGAUGUUAUUAUACACAUAAAACUUCCUCUUCAAUCACUCUAUCUAUAAAAAAAAAACCGCAUCAAAAUCCGUUGCGUAGUUUUAAAGAUUUAAGCAUACAUAGGAAUAUAGGGACAGUGAAAGCGACUUUGUUUUAUACUAUAUAGCUUUUACCCGCGACUUCGUCCGCAUAAGUUUUUUUGUUUUCUCCCGGCUAUAAGUCCCCCUGCAACAAUGUCCCACUAUCGUGUUCCAGUCCUCAACUUCACAUCAAAAUUUGUUCAAAAGAAACCUAAGCUACAUAAUGGAUAGCUCCGAAUGUUUCCUUAGUAAAUAUAAAAAGUAAAUAAUGUAAAUCGGUUUAAAAUACUACUAACUACCUACCUGCCAACCCCCGAUGUUAGACAGUGUGACAUCCGUAACAUCGUCUGCGUAGGAAGUACUAACUUAAUGUAAGUAGUAUAAUAAUGUAGGAAGCUAAAAAUAAGAGGCCUUAUUACUGUAGUACAUUUUUGUAAACUAUGUUCUUUGUUUUUCCCUCUCUGGCCAACACAUGGAGAUUCUGUGGACUUGAAACACGUGAGCAAGCCACGUAUAAUUGUCCGUGAGAAAAACAACUCUUUUCUAAAUUAAUGCCGGCUACUUUUAAUGUUUGCCCCUGAGCUUUAUUUAUCGUCAUAGCGAAUGCGAUUUUCAGCGGAAACUGUAAUCUCUUAAACUGGAAUGGCAAAUCUGUCGGAAUUAUGGGUAUUCGGGGGAUUAAAACGUUCUCUCCUUUUGCCAUUCCAGUCAUAAUGAUUGCUUUUACAAUAUUGCGACCGAGGUGUGUCACUUGCAACCGUGUGCCAUUACACAGUCUUGGUGCAUCUAAAUUCCGCAUUAAAAGGACAGGAACGCCUACUUUCAGCCUCAGUUUGUGUGAAGGUACUCCCGACAGUUCUAAAGAAUUAAGAAAUUCUACAGGGUAUGAUGUUACUUGUUCAGUAUCCAUUACAGUGUCUACAGAGAGAAACUCAACAAUAUCACCUUCCACGCGUGACAUAAUUUGCUCGUUUAUCUGUCCCACCAUUUCAUUCGUCGGCGCUAAAAUUGCUCUUUCACAUAACCAGUCUCUAUUCCUCAUAUUAGUUAGCAGUUCGCUAUAGACGAAGUUAUUUAGAUCAUCUGGAUUAUGCACAACAUUGCAGAAUUCACGAUCCAAUGUAAUCAUGCCAUUACCAUCCUUUGCCAUACGAUCUUCUCCAAUUUUAAGAAGAGCAGCAGCAUAUUGUCCAGAUUGUACAUCAUUGUGUAGUUGCACUCUCAUAUUUGUAGACAGACUAAACGUUUUUACGUGCACCCAUAACGUUGACGCUUUUAAACACGCAUUUAUUUCAUCUGCAGGGGUGCCUUUAGUGAUAACCGGCAAAGUCUGUCUAAAAUCGCCCGCUAAAAGAAAACAUCAAAAUCAUUUCAGUAGCUAUGGCGUCAUUCGCUUCUUGACACGAUCACGCUAGAUUUCCGCGGGAAUGAGGUAUUUUCCCGCCGUAAGAAGUAGCCUGUGUCCGUGCCUAGGAUCCUAUCUUUAUAUUAACCAAGUCUUAUAAAAAUCCGUUCAGACGUUAAGGCGUGAAUGAGGUAAACUUUUAAACCAAACUAUUAAAAUUCACUAACUUAAUUAGUUUUCUGCCUACUGCCUACGCCUUAAGUACGAUAGCAUGAAUAUUAAUAGCCCAUAUCCUUUUCUAGGUUACUAUCUAUCACCUAACUAAAUUUCAUCAAAAUCCGUUCAGCCGUUUAGGCAUGAUAGAGCAAAACUCCCACCAAAAACCAUAAAAAAAUCACUAACUCAAUUCAGUUUUCUGCCUACUUCCUACCCCCUAAGUACUAUGACGUGAUCAUUUUGAUCUUAUAUCCGUUUUUAGGUAACCAUCUAUUACCUUACUAAAUUUCAUCAAGAUCUGUUCAGCCUUUUAUACGUGAAAGAGCAAAAGUCCCAACAAAAACGACUAAAAAUCACUAACUCAAUUUAGUUAUCUGCCUACUGCCUACCCCCUAAGAACGAUGGCGUGAUUAUUUAUAGCCUAUGACCAUUUCUAGGUUAUCAUCUAUCACCAUACCAAAUUUCAUCAAAAUCCGUUCAGCCGUUUAGGCGUGAAAGAGGAACAGACAGACAGACAGACAGACAGAGUUACUUUCGCAUUUAUAAUAUUAGUAUGGAUAUGGCAUACGUUCCUAGGUAACCAAAAAACAAACUUUAUGCACCGUUGUAAUAAAGCUUAUUUUACAUUUUUAUAAGUCGUUUGAUGACACGCCUCCUACAAAUAAUAUUAGGUUAGAUAUUAGAAUCAUUUUUUAUUAAUGUGUAUGACCAUGUACCGAUUAGAUUUGAGAAUAAAUAAAUCGUUAGCCGCGAACAUUGGAAUCGCAUAUUUUUAAUGUGGGAAUCGUGAGAAUGCGAGAAGCUUUUACUGUCUUAUAAAAUCAAUUUUAACACAAAACUGCUCAUAUAAAUCGUAAAUAAACCAGAAAAUUGAAGUAUUCAAUUUUGAAACUCAUUUAAAUAUUGUUUGACAUCCGACUUUAUGCCUCUAGUUUCGAGUUGUGUACUAGCUAAAUCGUUUUAAGGGUUGAUUUUCAUUGAUUUAAUGAUUUAUCAAUAAACGAAUAACGUAGUUGUAUUCACACCAAUUUAGAAAAUAAUAGAAUUAUAAAAUCACUUAGCGCGCAAUAUAUGGCAAUUGCAUACCUUUUGCUUAUUUUUUAAGUAUGGCAAUUGGCUUCUGACGGCUCCAUUGUUUGCCGGUGUUGAGUUUAAAAAAAUCUUUAUUUAUUAAAUAGACAUAGAUAUAUUGUCAUAUGAAAAAUUAUAUGAAAGUAAAUGAAAUGAAUUUGAUUUAUUUUAAAUUGCAAUCAAUUAGGAUGUAUCAAAUGUAACGAGAUGAGGUGGGAUGAAAAAAUGUCUUAGUGAAUUCUUUGCUGAGACUUGAGCGGACUUUUUAGAGGAAAGCGAGCGAAAUCAUUUUCAGCGGCAUUGUCUAAUUUUUCCACAUUUGUGCACUUUCACAGAUGCGAACACUUUUAAACAUUAAAUUGACAGAAUCAAACAAUUCCCCUGAUAUCGUUCCUCGCCUACCCGCCAAAAAGACCUAUUAUCAAUAGACGAGUCCCGCCCGAGUUCGCGUUACAUUGCAGGCUCACUUUAGAAUUACGAGUGAACAGUAAAAUACCGUAUCAUGUAAGAAAUUAAUUACUGAUUCGCCAACGCUGAAGGCAAUCAUUAAAUCAAUUUAAAUCUGUAUUAAUAAAUAGCUGAUUCGAUAUUUUUUCCAGUUAAUCGUAAGCAAACACUUAAAUGAAUUGUUAGACUUCGAUUCGACCCCCCCGCCCUCAGAUGUGUAUGUGUUAAUGGGUCCCAUGGCCCUCGGAGUCCGUCCCUGCCGUUACAAUAAUGAAGUGGGACCGUAUCGGGAGAGUGCAAGUUGAAUGAAGCAAGCAUCUGAUAAACACAUUUUAUUAUAUUAUUAUAUUAAAUAUAGAGUUUUAUUUAAAA